GGUGACUUCACCGAUGAUGACAACUCACUGUGUCUUGCUGUGUCGCCGCUCAAUUGACGGCUCCUUUAUUGGAAUACGAGACCUCUAAUGACCAACUAGAAUAGAAAGAAGCAACGACGCGCAAUAACCGCGCGUGAAGCAAUCUAGAUCUAUUGAUCGUCUGUCGCGUCCGCCAGAAUAGAAUAUAUGGGUCAAAGUGGUUCUUGGUGCAGUCUUUGACCGCUAGUAGCCGCAGUAUCUCCGGCAUUGAAUAGAAUUCAAAGGUGAGGUGAAAACGCAUAUUCGCGAUAUCAUAUCACCUUCGAGUAACGUAACGUCACGUCCACCGCUCGUCGAAUUCCUCCCCUCCCCCACGGACAUGCUUCAACAUUGACAAGCGCAGAUUUGCACCCGCAAGUCAACCCUCGAUCUACAAACCAUGGACGAAGCAAGCAAGUUAGUUGGGGAGCUACAGGAAAAGCUGUCUCAGCUAGAUCUGAAGGUCUGGAAGUACCGGCAAGACAUGGCGGCCGAGUUCGAGAAGUACGCUGAGGACCUUUUGCGCAAUGUGCCCAAGGAAAUCUCUGAGACUGUCUCAAAGACAAUGGCAGAAGCAAUGAAGGGCUGCACGUCAUUGUAUCCUAUCGACACGACCUCGGUCCAGUCAAGCGCGACAGGCACCAACAUUCUCGAAAAUGGCGUCCGCCAUGGUGCGUUCUCACAAACUCAAAACCUCCCGAUUCCCACCCCUCUUCGAAGACCUCUAGAGGAUAUGGAGGGCAGUCCGCGCAGUCCACACGAACGCGAGAAGGAGUUCCAGGGUGUGUUCACGCCUAGCUACCUCCCACUUCUCGACAGCACCAGUCGCAGCGGGCGCAGAUCAAGCUACGACCAUAAUAUCACGUCCCCACCGCCAGGCUUCAAAGGAAAGGAGAGAGAGGAUGAGCCAUUACAAGUUGACGCCAGUACGGAUACCAGAUCAUUGAUGAAUACCCCCGAGGCCAACCGUCCGCCGACUCCACAGCGGAGAAACACAGAUGAGUGGUCUAUUAGUUCGGAUCACAGUGAAGGAUUCCGACGACGCAGUGCGCUUCGAAGAUCUUCAACACCUACAAACAAAGAGAAAGGCAGUCCCCGUAGAGUUCGUUUCGAGGUUGAGGGUAUGGAAGUUCUCCCAACGUCAUCUCCACAACCGGGGUCGGCCUUGAGUGGUGAUGGACCAACAAGCCUGCUUAGCGACGACGACGAUGAUGACGAGGAAGGAGGAUCCGAAAUGAUUGAGGAUGUUGAAAGGCCGCCACCUAAGAGAAUAUCUUCGACACAAGCCCUGAGAAAUUUAUCGCGGUCUCCGCUGGUGGAUGACGGUACCAAAUGGACAACAGUGGUUGCACCUCCAGAUGGCUCCGCUUCUGUAGCUACAACGAACGGCUUCUCUGCUGACUCGUCAAGUGAGGAUCUCUACGCGAACAAUGAAGUACCACAAUCAAGUAGCCGAGAUAGUAUCGACAAGAAUGGUGCCCUUGCCGGAACAAGCUCGGAGAAUGUCAUAAGCGAUAAUAGAGUUGGUAACCAGGACAAAGUCGAGACAUUGUCCGACGACGACGAUGACGACGAAGACAUGCUGGAUAUGCCUCCCCUCAGGCGUCACAGUGCAUCACAGCAAGCCGCCAGCAUGCUCUCACCGUCCAAUCCCCCCAACAUCGACGAAAACAAAUCACCAACCUCGGCAACUCGACCAACCAAUACCUGGCACGGAUUGGAGGACUUUGGACUAGAAAAUAGAUUUGAUGUCGAUGAUCUUCAGUUCACCAAGGCGGACGACGAUGAACUCUUCCACUUCGACGAGAAUCUCGAGUCCGGCACUCCCCGAGCUAUUGCUCAAAGUCCCCCUGAAGAUCACGAAGAUGAAGAGCGUGACUCCUUCGACACUGAUUCUCCCAUCCGCCCUCUAGAAAUGUCCUCGUCUAACAAAUAUGGCUAUGCCACCUCUCCCGCACGACCCAUUAUGAGACCUACAGCAGUCAACACCAAUUCCGGCCCUAUCACUGGAGCAGUAGGAUCCUACAAAGGCCACCCCUUCAGCAUGCCAGUCGUCAGCCCAGAUAUUCACGCUCAGGCCGCAUCUAUGGGACCGCUCAGCUCGUUCGUUGGCAGUGUGAAUGGUCGGAGUGGUUUGGAUGAGAGCAACGUUCAGAGUUUCCGCGCUAGUGUUGGUAGUUUCUCAGGCACGCCGAAGAGCAUGAGCGAGCGGAUGAUGAUGGAUGAUUUGAUGAAGGCGGCUAAGGGGAAGAGUGAUAAUUCUGGACGAGAUUGAGUUGAUUCUGAGGGAAAAAUAUGGCUUGAUAUAUCUUGCUCGACACAUCUCGCGAAGUCCAUCUCGAUUGAUAACCCAGCACAUGGAAUAGACUCAAAGGUCAAAUAUAAUUGGCAUUUGUGCGCUUGUACUUUUUGUAUUGCAUAGCUACGGCGUUUGGAGAGGCAGGAAUGUGACACUGAGAUUCCCUGUCACGGGGUGGUACCUUUGCAUGUUUCUCAAGUCCAAAUUUUGGAAUUGGGAGAGAAGGGGAGGUUAUUUGAAUCCUAAUCUGACUCGUUUGCUUUUGAAGCUUCUACUCUGGCUUGCUGGCUGGGUGCUUGGUUGCAUUCGAGCUUGUGGCGCGUAUUAUGAAUGCAUGGACGGACGGAUGGGUGGAUAGAUGAACGAGAGAGAGACCCGCUGAGAGCCACGGAUUGUAUUUGAAGGGAACCAACACAGUACAUAAGGCAAAUCGAAGUGACCCUAACCAAGACCUGUCCCGUUAUUUGGUAAUGGAAUUUAAACAUAACAGACCAUCAUCGCCCUCGUCUUGUAGAAAACAAAGACAGAAGUGCAUUUUGAAUCUAAUAUGACCAUAAAAGAGCUUGCUAGCUCUCCAAAAAAAUGUAGGGAGAAGAUGCCACCGGACAUGAGGACGAAGAAUACGACCCAACUAGUCACCAUAUCAUCUGGCGAUUUGUGUACCACAAAACUGAAGGAUGGAAAGUGUAGUCAUGAUGGGAUAUAUCAGCAAUGUGGCAGCAAGAACCGUACCGCUAUCUGGGGAGGUUUUGAAAGUGAUGACGACGGAGAAGCUAGCUUGGGAGGUUAUGGCGAAGAUGAAGACGAAGGAUAUUGAUUGAUGCGACUGAAGUUGUCCCUGCUGAUGCACUCAUAAGACGCCUGGUACGAAGGGUUGCCUCUUGAAGGCUAACGUACAUGUACGAACAGAGAGUCUUUCUUCCUAGGUUGCUGCGAUUGGAAUUGUAGUAAACAUAUCUCAUGCUCCGAAAUGGAGGAAUACGACUGCAAAGUGUGGUUUUAUGCUACGCAGCAAAGUGCUCCUCUCAGCCACAUGAGAAUUCUCGAAGGACACCGAACACUUUAUCUCCCGCCCGUGACCAAGAAGCCUGUACAUUCAGAAUACCAAAAAUUCUUCGACUAAACCCAGGUCACCCAAUAAUCCAGGCUUGUAGUGGAAACUGAUCUAAAAGUCGAAGUUGGUGAAGAGUGU